GUUUAAGAAAAGUUAUGAGAAACUAAUUAAAAUAUUUCAGCAUUUUACCCGAUGCCAAACUAAUGUGUUUUGACAUAAAUAAACAAAGGUAAACCAAGCCGACUGCACUCUUUUCAAAUAAGGUGAGUGGUUUCAGCUUGAUGCACCGAUCUUGGGUCGAACAAACAAAGCAGUCUCAUUAAGAUCUAUAGAUUGUUAUCUAUGGGUUCGCCCGCGAGUAACAAAGUGGCAGUGCCGGCAGCGGUGACCGAUACCUAAAUGAACGAGACCAUCGUCGUGGUGACGAGGGCUGUGAAUGGAACGCCUCUUGAUGCGACAUGCAUAUCAAUUAAUUACGACGGUUACAUUCGGCUGGGUUUCGGUGGACACCGCGACAUUGGGGAUUGGGUAAUGCAAUUUGGGAUAUUACAACAGAAUACAAGACCUGUGACUGGGACCGAUUGCAAAUCGCUGGAAUCGCUGGGCAGCCGGACGCACUGCCAUCGAGCCCGUGCAGUUGGCCGAAUUUAUUCAAAUCAGUUGAAUUCCGCGCGGGGCAGCGUAUAGGUGUCUCCUCUCCUCCGAACAUCGUAUCAAUUGCAAUGUGCAAAUACGUCUUAAUUGCUGCACUGGCCGUAAUGUGCUCCCUGGUCCGGGUGCGAGCCACGCUGCACGAUCUGCCCGGGGUCUUUGACUUCUCCAACGUGGACCUGGUGAACUUCCAGUACUUCAAGAACCUGGCCUCGCAGGAUCCUCGAACCGCCGCCACAGCCAAUCCGUUCCUGGAGCACUUCCAGAAGAAGAAGGCGGUACUGGACUACCUGGACCGCCUCUUCUUUGGCAACUCUCCGUUCCAGCAGCCCAGCGAGAUUCCCUUCGAUCCGCACUUUGGCCGCGCCUGGCGUCCGGUCUACGAGCGGAAGUUCGGAUACCGCGGGGAGCGCCUGAUAGCCGCUCUGGGCUCCGGUUACUCAGUCCCCCAGCUAAGGCACUUUGGAGCCAUUCCGCGGGAGUACGGCACUCCCCACUAUCCAAGUUGAUUGGGUAAGGUACCCUCAUCGCUCUAGGUAGUAUAUUUAUGGAAUAAACUUAAGCUACGAUCCUU